AUGGCGGCCCGUCCGCUUGUCACCGUUUAUAAUGAGAAGUACGAGGCUACGGAAACUCAGAUCAAGCUUCCGUGCGUUUUCCGUGCUCCAGUUAGACCGGAUGUUGUGAGCUUCAUUCACGAUCAAAUGUUCCGCAACAAGCGUCAAGCACACGCCGUUUCUACUCUCGCCGGUAAGCAGCACUCUGCCGAGUCAUGGGGAACUGGACGCGCCGUUGCUCGUAUUCCUCGUGUUCGUGGAGGUGGUACCCACCGCUCUGGACAGGGAGCUUUUGGCAACAUGUGCCGUGGAGGUCACAUGUUCGCUCCAUUGAAGGUGUUCCGCAGAUGGCACCGCCACGUCAACAUCGCGCAGAAGCGCUACGCCAUCUGUUCGGCCAUCGCCGCAUCGGGAAUUCCUGCCCUUGUACAAGCUCGUGGUCACAUCAUCGACAAAAUCGCUGAGGUCCCAUUUGUUGUCAGCGAUAAAAUCGAAUCCUUCCGUAAGACGAAAGAAGCCGUGACAUUCCUUCGACGUUCUCACGUCUGGGAAGAUAUCGAGAAGGUUUACGCUUCUAAGCGUACACGAGCUGGAACUGGUAAGAUGAGAAACAAGCUGCACAAGAGAAAGCUGGGUCCAGUUCUCAUCUACGGACAAGAUGCUGAUUGCGCUCGCGCUUUCCGCAAUAUCCCAGGAGUUGACAUAUUGAACGUGGAGCGUCUCAAUUUGCUCAAGCUCGCUCCUGGAGGUCAUCUUGGCCGUCUCAUCAUCUGGACUGAGUCAGCUUUCAAGAAGCUUGACGCCAUCUACGGAUCACUCAAGGCUAACUCCUCUGAGCAGAAGAACGGAUGGUCCGUACCUUUGAACAAGCUCACCAAUGCCGAUCUCUCCAGACUUAUUCGCUCCGAGGAAAUCGUCCGUGCUGUCAGACCGGUUAAGAAGAACGUGAAGUCAGCGAAGGUGCACAGGAAUCCACUUAAGAAGCAUAACUUGAUGAACAAACUGAACCCUUAUGCUGCCACCUUCCGUAAGGCGGGAAAGAAAACCGCGGCUAAGAAGUAA